AUGAAGGUUUUGGACCUCAAGUCCCCCGAACCCUUGGCAACCACUAGCAACCACCCGAAACGAUCCGUCAAAGCCGGAAAACACCUCGCGCAAUUCCUCGUCUGCCUCAUCCCCAUCCUGAAUCGUAGAUCCCGACCACCUCCACCGAACCACUGGGCUUCAUCAGAAAGAAAACCGGAUAGCAUCGACUUGGCCUGCUUCGAAGAAAACGCUGCGAUCGCAAGAAUCUAG